GCACCGAAUCUGACCCCUUCAUCUAAUAAAAAAAGAAAGAAUCUGACCCCUUCAUGAUAUAACAGAAGAGAAAAUCCAAAAAAUGGCGAAAUUUGGAAAGAAAGUAAAAUAGAGGGGUGAAAAUGAAAAUAGAGAUAGAGUAACAUUCACUUCACACUCUGAUGAAAAAGUGUAGCAUCAUCGUUUCAGCACAGAGAAAUCAAAGAGGUCUCUCAAACCUCUUUCAACAGUCCAAGGUUGCACGGUUUUAACUGUUUAGGUUUUUGCAUUCUAAGGUAAAAAACUGUGCAGCUUUGGUUGCAAAGUUAUAGUUGCUUGGUUGUGUUUCUAUGCAUGAAAGUUGGAUUUAAAGAUAAUUGUAGAUGGAAUCCCUUUCGAGACUUCUGUAUUUGCUAGAGCCUGCGCCCUUCACACUAAUCGUCACAGCUGUAGCUGUGACAUUUGGAUCAGCUUUUCGAGCUCUAAAUUAUGGGAAAGAAAUGGAGCGUAAUCGGGAUAUGUCAGAAGCAUCGAUUACAUUGGAUAGGUCCCAAGCAUUGAUGAUUCCAGUUAUGAGCUCUUUUAGUUUGCUUCUGAUGUUCUACUUGUUCAAAUCUCUCUCGCAGUUUCUCACAGCAUUCACUGCCAUUGCUGCUGCAUCGUCCCUUUUCUUCUGUCUGUCUCCUUAUGCUGCUUAUUUGAAGACGCAUUUUGGUUUGGCUGAUCCUUUUGUUUCACGCUGUUGCUCAAAAUCUUUUACACGAAUCCAAGGAAUACUAUUGUUUACAUGCUCUUUUAUAGUGGUUGCCUGGCUUAUUUCUGGCCAUUGGAUACUGAACAAUCUGUUAGGCAUAUCUAUAUGCAUUGCAUUUGUAAGCCAUGUUCGUCUUCCAAACAUCAAGAUUUGUGCAAUGCUCCUCCUUUGUCUAUUUGUAUAUGACAUUUUCUGGGUUUUCUACUCUGAAAGAAUUUUCGGGAAAAAUGUCAUGGUAUCAGUGGCAACAAAGCAAGCAACAAAUCCUAUGCACACAGUUGCUAGUAGUUUAAGUCUUCCUGGGUUGCAACUAAUAACAAAGAAAUUGGAGUUACCUGUAAAGAUUGUCUUUCCAAGAAAUUUGUUGGGCGGUGUUGUUCCAGGACAGAGUGCAUCGGACUUCAUGAUGCUAGGUUUAGGGGACAUGGCUAUCCCAGGCAUGUUCCUGGCUUUGGUCCUCUGCUUUGAUUAUCGCAAGAGCAGGGAUACAAUAAAUCUCACUGAGUUACAUUCUUCAAAGGGGCAAAAAUACAUAUGGUAUGCGCUGCCUGGAUAUGCCAUUGGUCUGAUAACUGCUUUGGCAGCUGGUGUCUUGACUCAAUCACCUCAACCUGCACUCCUUUAUCUGGUGCCUUCUACCUUGGGACCUGUAAUUGUGAUCUCUUGGAUGAAAAAUGAGUUACUUGAGUUGUGGGAAGGUAACAUUCCAAAUUUCAAUGAUAAGGACCGUGAAGUAGAAGUUUAGUUUGUUAACUGGUGGUUUUAUAGCCAUAAAGAAAGUUGUAAAUUCACUGAGAAUCUUUAAUCAUGCACUCACCAAGAAAAUUGGCAUUAAAUGUUCAAGUUGGUAUGCCUUGAAUCUUGAUGUUUUUAUUCAUACACCAUAAAAUAAAAGUAAAGAUGAAAAUUA